AUUAUAGGCCGUGUUCCAUCGUCAUGUUGUAAUGCCCACGGAAAAGAAACAUAUCCAACGAAUUGUGGCGUCUCAUUCACACAUGCUCCAUUAGAGACGUACACGGAAUUCCUUCACGAUAAGGGAUGCGCCGACUCACUUUACGACAAGAUCAACAGCCAUUUGAAUUACAUCAUUACUGUUUGUGUGGCUAUUGGCGCUCUCCAGUUGCUGGGCAUGGUUCUCGCAAUGAUCCUAUGCUGUUGUAUCAACACGGAUAACAAGAAAUACGAUUAUUGA